GGAUUUUGAAACCACCGAUCGAAAAAAAUCCUUACUUUGUGUUAAUUUGUGUCCGUUGUUGUUGUAAUCUAGAGAAAGAGAGAGUGAGGCAAUAAAAAAAAGCUAUGGAUUUUGAUUUGAACGGAGGAAACAAACGAGUCUUCAACAGACUCGGCGGCGGUGGCGGCGGCGGGUCAACUCGUCCGAUGGCACCAACUGAUACAAGGCAAAAAGUUUGUUUCCACUGGCGAGCUGGGCGUUGUAAUCGUUCACCUUGCCCUUAUCUACAUCGAGAAUUACCGGGUCCUGGUCCGGGUCAGGGUCAAGGUCCGGGUUACACGAACAAAAGGGUCGCUGAAGAAUCUGGCUUUGCGGGUCCGAGUCACCGGAGAGGACCUGGGUUUAACGGGAACUCUAAUAGUAGUUGGGGGAGAUUUGGUGGGAACAGAACGGUGACGAAGACUGAGAAAGUUUGCAACUUUUGGGUAGAUGGGAAUUGCACUUACGGUGAUAAGUGUAGAUACUUGCAUUGUUGGAGUAAAGGAGAGAGCUUUUCGUUGUUGACUCAGCUUGAUGGUCAUGAGAAGCUUGUUAGUGGUAUUGCUUUGCCUUCUGGUUCUGAUAAGCUUUACACUGGAAGUAAAGAUGAGACCUUGCGUGUUUGGGAUUGUGCUUCUGGACAGUGUACAGGAGUACUCAAACUUGGUGGGGAAGUUGGCUGUGUGCUUAGUGAAGGCCCAUGGCUAUUGGCGUGGAAUAUUGAAACCAAUGCAGACCAGAGUCUAAAUGGACCUGUUGGACAAGUAUACUCUCUCGUUGUGGGUACUGAUCUGCUCUUCGCUGGUACACAGGAUGGUUCUAUUUUGGCAUGGAGAUAUAAUGCUGCCACUAACUGUUUUGAACCGGCGGCAUCACUGACGGGCCAUACACUUGCAGUUGUUACCUUAUAUGUUGGGGCAAACAGACUUUAUUCGGGUUCCAUGGACAAAACUAUAAAAGUUUGGAGCCUGGAUAAUCUGCAGUGUAUACAAACACUCACGGAUCAUACAUCAGUUGUGAUGUCUCUCAUUUGCUGGGAUCAGUUUCUUUUGUCUUGUUCAUUGGACAACACGGUCAAGAUAUGGGCUGCAGUUGAAGGUGGCAAUUUGGAAGCGACAUACACUCACAAAGAAGAACAUGGAGUGCUAGCUCUAUGUGGUGUACAUGAUGCAGAAGCCAAGCCGGUUUUGCUAUGCUCUUGCAAUGACAACACCUUGCGCCUCUACGACUUACCGUCAUUUACGGAGAGGGGAAAAAUCUUUGCAAAGCAAGAGAUACGGGCGAUCCAGAUAGGUCCCGGGGGAAUAUUUUUCACGGGUGACGGAACUGGUCAAGUUAAAGUAUGGAAAUGGUGCACUGAACCAACCGCGGCUUUGCCUUGAGAAAGUUUGAUGCUAUCGUCAAAGAGUUGUUUUCUACGAUUCUCUUGUACCAUUAUAUAUGGGUCUGUUUUGAGAUAUUUCUUUCUUGUUGAGGUCCUCCUAGUAGAAGCCACGGUCUAAUGAGAUGGACAGUGGCCAAGAUCGUGUCAUGUUAGGAGUUUUGAGACAGAAUUGGGAGAAUUUAGGUCCCUUUUUGUCCAAUUUCAGCAUUUGUCUUGUAACGCUUGGAUUGUAUCGUCGAUUUGUCAUAAAGGAUUAUUUAUUCA